CUCCUCUUUCUCCCUCCUGGCCGAAGUACCCGUAAUUUCACACACGACCUUCGCCCUCUCCAAAUUCCCUCCUCUGCGUGUCAAAGCAGAAUCCAGACCUUCACGGUCCGGCACUGAAGAGGCUCGAUAUUCCACGACCCGGAUCUAGCAAGAGACACCACCAUUCCACAGAUUUACCAUCUUGCAACUUCUUCGCUUCUAUCGCAUCCGGCCCGACGCCUUGUUCCCUGUCUCGGACGCCUGCCUGACGGAAUCCUCUCUCGGCACGACGCGCUCCAGGAGAGGCAGCUGAGACAAACCCCUCCCGCCAUCACCACCGCCAUUGACCACGCCAACUUCACUUCAGUCAAUGUCCACCUGACAUACCACAAUUAAAAGAUGGCAAUGCUGGCCCCAAAAACCGCAUUCCCGGCACCGCUGGGCUCUAGCAAUCCCAUGGUCUCCAACGUUUCUACCGGUGCCGCACCGCCCUCAAGGCGGGCGCCCACGAUCCCGAACCAGGCCACCGCCUACGCCAGCCCGACCGAAUCCGAUUUUUCCGAGAGCGACGGCCCCGAUGCCGUCAAGAACUGGGACGAGGACAAGGUCUGCGACUAUCUGAGGAGCGUCAAGUGCGGCGAAUACGAGAAGCUCUUCCGCAAGAACCACAUCAAUGGCGAGAACCUUCUCGAACUCGAUAAGGAUGUCCUCAAGGAAAUGGGUAUCGAAAAGGUCGGCGACCGCGUGCGAUUGUUCUUGGGCAUUAAGAAGUUGAGGACAAAAGCCUACGCCAACCAGAAGAAACGGAAUAGGGACUCGUUUGGUGGCCUCGACCAGUUCACCCCCUCAUCGGGCGGAUCUUCUCGGCCCUCUGCUUCGAGCGCUCGCACCGCACCUACGCCUUCUAUGAAUAAGCGGUAUUCAAGACAAUACGACUCCCUUCCACUGGAGAGCGCGUCUUCCCGCCCCAACUCACCCCUUCCCGGCACGGACGCUAUUCGCCCUCUACGAACAAGAUAUGGCCAAAGUCCCGGCUAUGUGAGUAGCGCCGGGCAAUCCGUUCCCCAGACCGGCCGAUUGGUAACUUCCCAUACCAGGAAUAACUCCAGUAUGGAUGGUUCACUGAUGGCUGGCUUACCGCAGAAUCAGGAUGUUAUCCGCGUCAUAUCCACCGGAGGAGUCACAAAGGUCGUCAAAAUCGCCGACUGCAACACAUGCGAGGAGGUCAUGCGAGUUACCCUUAGGAAGUUUGCCCUGCGAGAGGACCAUGAGAGGAACUACUGCUUCUGGGUACUGGCCGGGAUUGAGCCAGACCCGAAUCAGUGUCGGAGACUCGGCGACACGGAGCUGUGGCGCAUCAUCAAGGACCAGAAACGCCCUGAACGGAAUCGCCUGAUUCUUCGCCGCGUCCCUGCUGGCGAGCCAGGCAUGCCCGAGCUCGAGAGAGCAGCGGGCAUCGCCAUUGAGGAGGCGCAGCAGAACCACAGCCGCGCCCUCGAGACUGUGGAUAAGAGAAGCCAGAUGAAGGUACAAAAACUACUCGGCGAGAGAUGGAACGAUGAGCUGCAACACCCCCUUUCCCCGGUCUCUUUCCACGACCGGGAGCGCAACGUGUACAACACCGCCAAGGAGCUGGAGCGUCCCGCAUCCAACGACGGCCCUAGAUCUGCCGGCGGACCCAGGAGGAACAAGGGCAUCUUGCGGUCGUUUGGCGGUUUGCGUCCUCCCAGCGAGCUCAUCGCCUCGGACCUCACCUCCUACUUCCCGGAUCACCCCAGAGAGGAAAUUGACAGGACCGCUCGUCUGUCCAUGAGAAGAUCGACCCGUCUAAGCAAGGUCAACAGCCGUCUGAGUGUGGCUAGCAACCUCAGCUUCGCGUCUAGCAUCCAAGAUGCACCCCCUAUCCCAACCAUUGCCGACAGCUGGCUCCACGCCGGCAGUGCCCCCAAAGCGCGAUCAGGCCUGCGGGUCACCCACUUCCGCGACUCUGUCGCUUCUUCAAUGCUCGACACCUUGCAAGAGGAGUCGCCUGUCGAGCCGAACCGCAAGUCCUACGUGUCAUUCGCCGACAGCUCCGACGGUGCUAGUGCAGCUGCUCUCAGCGUGACCGACCCCGAAGGUUCACUCAAAGAUCUUACGGCGGCGCUCAACGAAGAUGGCGAGGACGCCGAUGAGGAGCUUGAGAGCUUCCUUGCGGGAGAGUCCUGGUCUGACGACAAGUGGAUGAAGGGAGCCCUCAUCGGCCAGGGCUCGUUCGGUUGUGUCUACCUCGCCCUGCAUGCCGUCACUGGUGAGCUUCUGGCCGUCAAGCAGGUUGAGGCGCCAGCCCCGGGUGCCAACAGCCAAAACGAUGCACGCAAGAAGAGCAUGAUUGAGGCCCUUAAGCGGGAAAUCAGUCUGCUCCGUGACCUUCGACACCCGAACAUCGUUCAGUAUCUGGGUUGCAGUUCAUCUACCGAAUACCUCAACAUUUUUCUCGAAUACGUCCCUGGUGGUUCCGUGCAGACUAUGCUCAACUCGUAUGGUGCUCUCGGAGAGCCUCUUGUCCGCAGCUUCGUCCGUCAGAUCUUGACUGGACUGUCGUACCUCCACGAUCGCGAGAUCAUUCACCGCGACAUCAAGGGCGCCAACAUUCUCGUGGACAACAAGGGCACCAUCAAGAUUUCCGAUUUCGGUAUCUCCAAGAAGCUUGAAGCCACCAACAUCCUGUCCGGCGCGAAUAACAAUAAGCACCGCCCCUCCCUUCAGGGAUCUGUCUUCUGGAUGGCCCCAGAGGUCGUCAAGCAGACCUCGUACACUCGCAAGGCCGACAUUUGGUCGCUCGGAUGCCUGGUUGUUGAGAUGAUGACAGGCACGCAUCCGUACCCCGACUGCAGUCAGUUGCAGGCCAUCUUCAAGAUUGGUGGUGGUAAGGCGGCGCCCACGAUUCCUGAUCACGCUUCCGAAGAUGCCAAGACGUUCCUUGCGCAGACCUUUGAGAUGGAUCACAACCUGCGGCCGAGUGCGGACGAGCUGAUGCUCAGCCCUUUCCUGGCUCCCAUAACAUAGUCUCUGCGUUGCCACCGAUACCCCCUCUUCGAUUCUUUGGGCUUUUGCCGCUACGCUUGUAGCGGGAUACUGUCCUUUUUGUACCUAUUUUUCUUACGAAACUCAGGACCUCCUCACGUCCUCGCGCCAGGACGGGGGUUUAUAUACUGGGACGAGACAGCGGACUGUUUCUCUUUUUGUACGUGCGAGCGGCCGCUGGAAGGACCCGACGAUAAAGCAUGGACAUGGUUGGACUUCUCCUUGACAUUCACGCAUGGGCUGGCGAAUGGAGAGAGGCUAUAAAGAUUUGGCAUUUCACGGGCACCAGGGGGCAUGAAACAAGAGAGUGUAUAAAUAAUAUCUCGAUGAGAAAUGACACUGAAGGAGAAUAAUGAGCCUCGAGUUACAGCGCACU